GCAGAACCGCCCGUUCCGCAGGUAUAAGCCACGUGGUGUGGGUCACAGUGGAACAUUCCAUCUCUUUUGCAUUUGGUCAGCUUGAAGCUUCACGUCUACCGGCAAAACCCGAACAAAAAUGGCCAGGCCAAGGGUCUUCUUCGACGUUACCGCUGGUGGUAAGCCCCUCGGGCGUAUUGUCAUGGAGCUCCGAGGUGAUGUUGUCCCCAAGACAGUAGAGAACUUCCGUGCCCUGUGUACUGGAGAGAAGGGCUUUGGGUACAAGGGGUCGACCUUCCACCGCGUCAUCCCCGGCUUCAUGUGCCAGGGGGGUGACUUCACCCGGGGGGACGGCACCGGAGGCAAGAGCAUCUACGGCAAUAAGUUUCAAGAUGAGAACUUCCAGCUGAAGCACACUGGCCCAGGUAUCCUGUCCAUGGCUAAUGCUGGCCCCAACACCAACGGCUCACAAUUCUUCCUGUGUACUGCAGAGACAGCCUGGCUGGAUGGCAAGCAUGUUGUGUUUGGCAGUGUCGUGGAGGGAAUGGAAGUGGUGACGGCUGUCGAGAAAUACGGUAGCGGCAAUGGCAAGACCUCGGCAAAGAUCGUCAUCGCCGACAGUGGGCAGCUGUAACAGGGCACCGGCAUAGUCCCUGUUUCUUAUCAAUAUAUGCUAGAGUUCAGUUCAGAAGCCCCAUAAUGUCUCUACUAGGGUCCAAUCAUUAUAUCGUAGGCAAUGCUAUCACCUGUAGCUGUACAGUUCUGUCCCUACCCCUCACGUACACCUAACAUGUAUGCUAUCUUGUAGGUGAUCACCAAGCACAGGCUUAACACAACAGAUAAGAUUGGAAAAUAUGACCGAAAUUGCUCAUGCUUUCUAUGAUAAGGAGUAAUGCAAUUAACCAUGAAAUCUUCAAAUCCUGUAGUGCACUUAAGUAAAGCUUGUCAGUAUACUUCUCUACACAAAAUAGUUGAUUAGUAAACCCAAAGUACAGUUUAUACAAAUCAUAUAAUCAUGAUUUAACAGGCUUGAUAUUUUACUUAUUAUCAUCUUCUCCUUUGUUGUGCCAACGGCCAUGUUAACCUCAACAGCCAUGUUAACCUCUGGAAUCAUGUUGAGAUUUUUCACUUGUAUGUAGACAUACGUGUAGUGUACCUGGGCACCAAGCAUUAAGGGUGUACUUGAUGGUUUUGGAACACAACUGUACAAUCUUGUACUUCAGUAUCGUGUCAGAGGAGUAUUAACGAUCAGUCCCUCCCUGUUACAAUGAACUUAAGGUCGUACAAGCUGAAACAACAGUACAAGAAUGUUAGAUUCCAACCCUGUCCCAUAUUCAGUGGAUGUUGUGUCGUUCGUACCCUUCGAGCUGCCCAUUGUGUUCCUCAUCACUCGUUCACCGUGGCUCAUUAAACUUUCUAUCACCUCACUAAAA